AUGGGUGAAUGUUCGAAAGCAUUUGAAUUUCAUGAAAAAGCACUUCAAAUAAGAGAAAAAGUUUUACCUCCGAAUCAUCCUGAUUUGGCUCAAUCAUACAAUACCAUCGGUCUACUGUACUACAACAUGGGUGACUACUCGACAGCACUUACAUCUUACGAAAAAGCAUUUAAACUCUACGAGAAAGCUCUGCCUUCGAAUCAUCCCGAUUUGGCCAUUGGUUACUUGAAUUUUGCGGCUUGUUACGAAAGAAUGGGUGAUUAUACAGAAGCUCGUAAGUCUCUGAAAAAUGCUUUUCAAAUUCAGCAAAAAGCAUUUCAAGAAGGUAAUCCAGCUUUUGCUGUUACAUACAACAGGUUAGGAAGAGUUUAUCGCGGUAUGAAAGAUUAUUCAAAGGCACUGGAUUAUUUUGAAAAGGCCUUCGCAAUACGACAAAAAACAUUACCUGAAACUCAUCCCGAUCGGGCUAUUACAUACAGUGACAUUGGUGAUAUUCAUCGAUUAAAAGAGCGUUAUGAAAUGUCACUUUUAUUUCAUCAAAAAGCGUUAAAUAUUCAAGAAAAUGUUCAAUAUAAUCCUCUGGAAUGUGCAACAAUGUACACAAAUUUAGGUGAAACUUAUCGAGAAAUGAAAGAUUAUUCAACGGCAUUGAUAUAUUUUCAAAAAGGAUUAGAAAUUCAUGAGAAAAAACUACCUAAAAAUCAUCCUGAUUUAGCCGUAAUUUAUCACGAUUUAGCGAAAUUAUAUUUGGCUACUGGACAAUAUAGUAUGGCAAUGAAAAAUAUUCAACCAGCAGUAGACAUUGCUCAAGAAAAAUUGCCUUCAAAUCAUCCUCAUCUUUUGGACUAUAAAGAAACAUUCGAAAAAAUUCGAAAGGCGCUUGUUCACGGUAAAUGUUUCAAUGAAACAUGUGUACAUGGUCAAUGUAUUGAUGAUAAAUGUAUUUGUAAUCCGGGAGUAACAGGUAAUACAUGUAACGUUGAUAUUAUCGAUUGUAAUACAGAAUCUUGUUUAAAUAAUGGUAUAUGUAUUGAAUUAAUAAAUGGUUUUGCUUGUCAAUGUUUAUCUAAUUAUGAUGGUUCACGUUGUCAAUAUCAUCGUCAUAUAAUAAAUGAUAGUUAUUGUAAAAAGAAAUGUUUGAAUAAUGGUAAAUGUAUUAUAAUAGAUAAUAUAGAAAAAUGUUUAUGUCUAUCAAAAUAUUAUGGUUCGGAAUGUGAAUAUCUACCUAAUAAUAAUAAUAAUAAUAAUAAUACUAGUUUAUCUUCAAUAAGAAAAUGUUCAGUAUUAAAAUUUCGAAAUAAUCAUAAAGAAGGAAAAUGUUUUGCUAUUGGUUUAACACCAUUUUUUAAUGUUCAUUGUGAAUGUCAUUAUGAAGAUGAAAACAAAAAAUUUGUUAAUUGUCAAAUCACAUCAUCACCUUAUGCAAAAGAAACAUGUUCAUUUAAAAAAAAUUUACAUUCAUUAUUUUCUUCAAAAAUAUAUGCAAGUUCUACAAAACCAAUUAAUUUAUCAAUAUUAUCGAUAUUAUCUGAUCCAAUAACUAUUCAUGUUUGUCCAAUUAAUUGGCAAAUACUUGAUCAAUAUAAAAAUAUUCAAGAAAUAACUAGUAAUGUUACUAUAACACGAUGUGAAUUAUUUGAAAAUUGA